ACUUUGUUUCAGAAGCUGGUAUCAGGCGGUCCGAACCAACGGAACUGGCGAGGUAUACUCAUCGCACUGUUAGUGAUCAUAGCUGUCCUGGCUUUGAUUGUCACAUCUGUGGUGCUAUUAACACCACCAGAUGAAGGGCCAAGGGUUAAAGGCAGACGGCUCAAGAUACAGGACCUGUUGACUAAUGAGCUGGUGCCUGCUCGGUGGAAUGGAACGUGGAUAUCUGGAGAUGAAUUCGUGUAUAAGGAUUCUUGGGGUGCGAUCGCUCUCAUGUUCGCUGCUAAUCUAACUUCGAAAAUACUUAUGCCCAAUACUACAUUUAGAUCACUAGAACCAGCCUCCUUCUCGCUGUCAGCGGAUCGUCGGUUCCUUCUGCUUGCGCAUGCCCUGCACAAAAUACACCAGUACUCUUACCUCGCCCGGUACACCGUCUAUGAUAUACUUACCACGGAAUCCUACCCUCUAACGCCGUUACCUGACGACGUAGGAGGGGGAGUUAUCACUGAAGGUCCACUGCUCCACCUCGCUAUGUGGACCCCGAAAGGCCACGGACUCAUUACUGUAAAGGAUAAUGACAUCUUCUACCGUCCAGCACCGAGAUCCUCGACCGGGUAUAGAGUUACUGACACGGGUAUACCCGGAAGGAUAUUUAAUGGAAUACCAGAUUGGCUUUAUGAAGUUGAAAUUCUCAAAUCUCGAUCUGCUUUAUGGAUGUCAGCAGAUGGACAUAUGGUUUUGUACGCUACAUUCAACGACAGCUUGGUUCAUGAACAGAAAUACCCUUGGUAUGGCGCUGCCUUGGAUACCGAUGAUCCAGCUAAGACGUACCCGGAGAUCAGAAGUGUGAGGUAUCCUAAGCCGGGUACAAACAACCCCACUGUGAAGCUCACUGUUGCAGACAUUGCGGACCCCAAACACAUCAGAACGAGACAUCUCACGCCACCCAAAAUGAUACUUGAACAGGGGGACUACUACUUCACAAGCGCGCAAUGGGUAUCGGUUACGGAAGUUUGCGUCGUGUGGCUCACUCGUGUACAGAACUUGUCUGUGGUUUCAGUGUGCAAGAGUCCUAUGUGGUAUUGUCAAGAGGUAUACCACAUAUUUUCGGGCACAGAAGCGUGGGUAGAAUCUGCCCCAGCGCCUUUGUGGUCGUCAGGUGGAGGCGCCCUAGUUACAUUAGCACCAGUGAGAGAUGGUCCCGCGGGACUAUUCCGACAUGUAGUGCGUGCGGAACACAAUUCACACGGACCGAGAGCUUUACCACUCACACAUGGAAGUUUUGACGUUGUUAAACUCUUAGCGUGGGAUCAUGCAAACCAACACAUAUAUUAUUUAGGUAUACCAGAAGGUAAACCAGGGCAACAGCAUCUGUAUAGAGUAUCGUCAGAAGCUCCCCGCCCGGGGACGCCACAAAAGCUACCGUAUUGUGUGACUUGUAACUCACAGCCCUCACCAGCUAUCAAUCUUGAGUUUUACGGUAACCUGGCGUCAUCGGGUGACAGCACUUGGGAUAAUGAUUGGGAUGAGGAGAUCCCCGCCACGUCACCAGCCCCAUCGAAAAAGAAGAAGAAAAAACAACCUGAAAAUUUACCUCAAAACCUGCCAUGCCUGUUUCACGACGCCUACUUCAGUCCAUCUUCUACAUACUUCGUUCUGGAGUGCUUGGGACCAGGCGUGCCAACGUCUAGCUUACACAAGAUCUCGCUGCCUGAGCCCCGACUGUUGAUGCAUCUUGAGAAUAAUACAGCAGUGAAGGAAAGGCUAUCAGCCAUAGCGUUACCGACUCCACGGACAUUCUCAGUACAACUAUCGAGUGGUCAAGCUGCCCGAGUGCGUUUGCUCCUACCUCCAGGACUGCGGGAGGACGAGGUCACUAAAUAUCCAUUAGUUAUGAAGGUACACGGAGCGCCAGGGAGUCAGCUGGUGACCGAGCAGUGGUCGCUGGACUGGGGCUCGCUGGCGGCGGGCGCGGGCGCCAUCCUGGCGGCGGUGGACGCGCGGGGCGCGGGCGGGCGCGGGCUGGCGGCGCUCCACGCGCUGCACCGCCGGCUGGGGAGCGUGGAGCUGAGGGACCAGCUGGAGGUUGCUGAGUACCUGCGCGACUCGCUCCACUUCGUGGACGCGCGGCGCGUGGCGGUGUGGGGCCGCGCGCACGGCGGCUUCCUCGCGGCGCUGGCGCUGGCGAGCCCCGCGCGCGUGUUCCACUGCGGGCUCGCCGUCUCGCCCGUCACGCGCUGGCGCUACUACGCAUCAGCGUACGCGGAACGCUACAUGGGCUUCCCAAACGCAACUGGCAACUAUCGGGGUUACGCUGACGCUGACGUCACCAAGCAAGCUGCGGCCCUUCAAGAUAAAAUGCUGUUACUGGUGCACGGCACCGCUGACGACGACGUGCACGUGCAGCAGACUAUGGCGCUGGCGAGGGCGUUGUCCGACCGGGGCAGCACCUUCAGACUACAGAUAUACCCAGAUGAGGGUCACAGCCUGGAAGGUGUGAAGAAGCACUUCUACCGUACCUUGUCUUCGUUUCUCGAUGACUGCUUCAAGAAGCAAGUACCGCCCGAGACCAAGGCUGGUUUGCGAAACGGCGGAAACCUCGACUGA